CUAAUUAAACUCAACCACCCUGUCCAAAAAAAAAAACUCAACCAAAUUUCACUAUAAACAAAAAUUUGUCCAAAAAAGUACAAAGAGAAAAAAGAGAGAACUGAAACCCUAGAUCUACUCGCCGCCGCCACAUUCAUCUCUUCGCCAUUGUCACCGUCAAGUCGACGUAGCGUCUGAGAUCAGAGGGAGAGUCAGCUCGCCGCUGCUGCCAUUCAUGUCCUCGUCGUUGCCGCCAUCAAGCUUCUACGUCAAUGUCCUCAUCUUUGAGGAGCUUUGAGAUCUUGUUUUUGUUAACCGGUGCUUUAGAUGUGGGAAUUCUUUCGAUGCCAUAGAAAGCGUUGAUGGUACACCAUGACUGAAUCGAUCGGCGAAAAGUGUGGUUUGGAGUUAGAUCGGAGAAAUCAGAAGAAGAGAGUUGUUGCUUCGUUACGGAGCAGCUCUUGUUCUUGCCGAAGAAGAGCCAUGUCUCGAUGCUCUCUCUGUCGUAGGUGAUGCCGGCGGAGACGGUUACAGGAUCCUUCAUGAUUUCAAGCGAGAUUGGGCAGAGAAAGAACGGAGGAACAUCGAUCUCAUUAUCCAUACUCUAAUGCUCUAUGGUUACAGGCUUAUAAUAUUAUUAUUAUUAUUAUUUUCUCUCUCUAUUUAUGCAGUGAGAGAGAUCUUGCUGCUAGAAGGUGUUUUAUUAAGAAGAGUAGAGAUAGAGAACGAAAAACGUUUGCUGAGAAGAGCUUCUCAACAAGCUCAAGUUUUUUAGAUUAAUUUAUUUAAAAAAAAUUGUGCAGGAACUAAUAUUCAAACAAACAAAGAGGUUGUGAUUAAGCUUGGUGAGUACUCUGAUGUACCUAAGUUAAUGUUGAAAAAUCUGCCUCUGUAGUUCAUUAUUAUUAGCUAUCUAUCUAGUUGCAUUAAUGCUAAUUACUAAUUAGGUAUAGGUAUAUCAUAGUUGCAGGUACUUGUGGUGGAGGUAAUUAAUUUAUAUAGUGUUAGGAGGACCUUGACUAGUGAGUUGUCGAUUACUACAUCGUAAUGCAUUACAUGUUGAGUGAAAACAUAUAUUUGUUCUUUGUGAUUCUAUCUGUUGAUUUAGUACUUUGUGAUUGUUCUUAGGCAUUCUUGGUGAUAGUUCAAAAUAAAAAACGAGUUGGUUACACAUAUGAGUUGACUUUAAAGGUCAAAGGUAAGUCACUAUCAAUCAUUUUUGGUUCAGAACUUCAAUCUAACUAUUAAUUUUUAGUGUGCAUUUCAACUACUUGCCUUUUUUAAAUCGCACACUGAUUUGCGAAAUUGAAAUAGGGGAAUUGAAAUUGAGAGGAGAGAAGUUGGUUGGAGGCCAUAUAAAUGUCCCAGAAUUCUUGUUUGAUAUUUUCUUUUGUCGUUCUCUCCUUUAUAAGAGAACCUCUGUUAGCAAGGGAAGCAAGUAAAUAGCUUAGCAAAGAAGGAAAUCGUGGGAGAGCUGGUUAGGUGAGGUGUUGACUCGGAUCUACUCUCUUCCUGGCUCCUUCUGUGCUUCUUUCUUUCAACUGUGGAAUAAAACAUGAGAAGGGGAAAGAUAGAGAUAAAGAGGAUAGAAAACACGACGACGAGGCAAGUGACGUUCUCAAAGAGAAGGAACGGACUCUUGAAGAAGACCAAUGAGCUCUCUGUCCUCUGUGACGCCCAGAUAGGACUCAUCGCCUUCUCCAACACUGGCAAGCUCUUUCACUACUCCUCUCACCCCUACAGGACUCACAUAAUGCGCCAUGGACAUGCCCAUGAUCAGGAAGAUUUAUUGAUUGAGAUGGCAAUGCUGAGGCAUCAAAAUCUGAGCCUUGAGAUGGGGAUUCAGCGCUACCUUGGAGAAGGCAUAGCUUUUCUCCAAUACGAAGAAUUGACUAAGCUUGAAGGAGAACUUCAAAGCUCUGUUGCAAGGGUUCGAAAGCGUCAGGAAAAAGAUUCUAUGCUCAUCGAAUUUGUUUAGUCAAGUCAGAUAUAUUUCGAGCAAGGUUUAAUGGUGGUUACAGGAUAGGCCUCGAGUAUCCUUGAAAAAUUUUUAUAAGUUAUUUUCUUUUUCUUUUUAAUUAUGUAUGAAGUGCAGAUUAACUGUGAUUAAGCUCCUUUUUUUCCUUGUAAAUAUUCAAAUAUAAACUUAAUAUGAAGUGCAAAUUUAUGGAAGAUUAUCAUAUAGUUAUGAUCCUAGGAUAAUGUUACCUUAGCUAGUGUAAUAUUAUCUUGCUUUUGGUUGAACUGGUUUUGGUUUAAUUUAUACUAAGAAUUUCGUGCUGGGAUAUCUUUGUUUUGUACUUGAAAUUUUGUAAAUCCACUACCAAGAAUCAUACUCUAUCAAUGUAUUAAUAUUUCAAUUAUUUACU